CUGGAGCUGUUUUCUGUCUGAAACCCUGAAAGACCUGCAGAAAGUCCAGUCCUGUCUUUAAGGUGUGUCCUCUGGACUCUGAUGGUCCCUCUGAACUGGUCCGUGUCUCUCGUGUCCCAGCAGGCGAGGGAGACCGAGACAUGGAUGCCCAUGAGCACCACGCAAACGGCCGCCAUGUCCACGGACGGAGACAAGGCGGAGGCAUCGGGAGACUCUUCCAACGACUUCGGCUUCACGGAUGACGACGAUGAAGAUUACUACGAAGACGAGCUGUCUGGGUCCGGAGACGGAGAAACAGAUUCAGCUGAAGAAGAGUCCACAGUGAAGCCCAUCCUGGAUAACCACAUCCCCGGGCUGGAGCGCACGGUGCGACCGACCGUCAACGAGGAGGAGCUGGUCCGGAACCGCAACGAAAUCUUUCUGAAGAAAGGAGCCGGGUCAGUGGACGAGAACCCGUCCAACGUCCUCAUGUCCCAGGCCACAGAGGACAGCAUCUUCACCAAGACGGAGGUCCUGGCAGCUCUGAUCGCCGGCGCCGUGGGCCUGAUGUUCGCCGUGCUCCUCAUCCUCCUGCUCAUCUACCGCAUGAAGAAGAAGGACGAAGGCAGCUACGACCUGGGGAAGAAGCCCAUCUAUAAGAAGGCCCCCACCACAGAGAUCUAUGCAUAGACCCUGACCUUUGACCCCGCCUCCUCCCUGACCCCGCCCACCCCCUCCUCUAAAAGCCAAUCAGGGCCGACGUGUGGCCUCGCAGUGCCUCAUCAUCACCAUACCUCCUCACCUUUCCUUCAGCGGAGCCACGCUGGAGAACAUUUGACUCCUCCCCCCUGACGUCUCUGACCAAUGGGAGGCUUUGUUUCCUGGAGAAGGACUUCCUGUGCUGCGGCACGCUGCCAGCAGCUGACUCUUCCUUCGUUCCUCCAGUGAAACACCACCAGAUCUUAUUUAUUCUUCCUGAAGCUGAAGCGUGUCACGUUACUGUAGACCACCUCUGACCUUUGACCUUUGAGAAGCAGCUCUGCUCUCACUUUGCUUCAUGACUCAGCCAUUAUUCUUUGUUUUUAUUAAAGCCUGGGCUUUGAGCAGCGCUGGGUUCUGUUCUGUAAAAGGCUGAUGGGAGGAGCUUCUGAUGCUCCAGUCCUGCAGCAGAGCAGGUCCGGUUCUGAGCGACCCGGGUCACAGCAGAGUGCCGCUGCUCGGCCUCGCUGUGACUUACACAGGUUCUGAACCCAGUAGAAACAAACCAAACCAGUUACUGUAAGGAUUAAAUUAGUUUCUCUAAGAAGCAGAACUGAAUCUGAGUGUUCAGAAAUUCAAACUGAAUUCAUUGGUUUGAAAAUAAAUAUAACUGAAUCAAAACUGAAUUUAAA